GAGUGUCUGCAGCUGCUCUGCGUCAAGAAGAAGAGUGAAGCCUCCUAGCUUGUCUUCUGUUCCGACAGGGACAACAUUAGUAAAUAUAGUGUAAACAUCACAUCGAGCAAUUAACAACGUGGUUAUAGUUUUCUACAAUGAGCGGGAUACCAGGGACUGCCGUCGUCCAGGUGACCAACCUAUCGUCGGCUGUCAGCAGCGAGCAGAUGCGCGCUCUGUUCGGCUUCCUGGGAGACAUCGAGGAGCUGCGUCUCUACCCCCCCGACAACGCCUCUCUGUCGUUCUCGUCCAAAGUGUGUUACGUAAAGUACCGAGAGCCUUCAAGUGUUGGUGUGGCGCAGCAUCUCACCAACACUGUGUUUAUUGACAGAGCUCUCAUUGUGGUCCCAUGCGCUGAAGGGAAAAUUCCAGAAGAGGCCAAGGCUCUGUCUCUACUGGCACCUGCCACCCCGGUACCCAGUCUGAUUCCUGGAGGAGGAUUGCUGCCGAUUCCUAAUCCAGCUCCACUUCAGAAUCUGAACCUCCCCUUGGUGAAUCGAAUUACCGUUGGUUUCGAUGCUGCAGCUUCUCUGCUCGCCCAGCCUCCGCUCACUGGAAAUGUCGAUCCCUCCAAACUGGAUGAAAUUAGGAGAACGGUUUAUGUGGGCAACUUGAACUCACAGACCACGACUGCAGAUCAGCUGCUGGAAUUCUUUAAGCAGGUGGGAGACGUCAAGUUUGUGCGAAUGGCUGGAGACGAGACCCAACCGACCCGUUUCGCCUUCGUCGAAUUUAUUGAGCAAGAGUCCGUUGCCAGAGCCCUGACCUUGAACGGAGUCACGUUUGGAGACAGACCUCUGAAGGUUAAUCAUUCCAAUAAUGCCAUAGUAAAACCCCCGGAGCUGACACCACAGGCUGCUGCAAAGGAGUUAGAAAGUGUGAUGAAGAGGGUGAGAGAAGCUCAGUCCACCAUUGCUGCUGCCAUAGAACCAGCAGAACCAAAGAAACGAUCCUCCAGUCGGUCUCAAAAGGGAGGCCGGCCUCGUUCACGCUCGCGCUCUCAUUCACACUCGAGGUCCCGCAGGAAACGGUCCCGUUCCAAACACAGACCAUCGCAGAAGCUGUGGCCAGGGAGUGCGUCCCGCAGUGCAAGAGGCAGCCACAGGAGGCGCUCUCGCUCCAGAGACAGAAGACCUGCCCGGAGUCGCUCCAGAGGUCACAAAAGGAGAAGUAAGGAACGUUCCAGAAGCCCUCGAAGAAAAGUCAGAUCUCCCUCACCAAAACGAGUGAAGAAAGAGCGGAGGAGGGUGCGCAGCAGAGACAGAAAAGAGCGCUCGACUUCCAGGAGGAGGAGUUGCAAAGAUGACGAGAAGAUGAAGAGCAAACCCAAAUCAACAAAGCUGGACCACAACAGAGACGUAAAGGACGGAUGCAGAAGUGACAGAGAAGGCUCGGCCACACCCAGUGAGGACAUGACAUCAUCACCAUGCACCCAGCACAAUGGCAGCUACAAGACCCACAGUGAGGAGGUCGCUGCUGUGGGUGCAGACCGCAGGAAGUGACCAUCAUGGUUCCUCUGAAAUGAAUUCUGCUUCGUCAGUAUGUUCCGUUCUGUGCGUAUGCCUCCAUAAACUGUGAAUAUCUCUUCCAGCAAGUCAUUUUUCACUUUGUUCUUUAAAAUACAAUCUUGGGUUCUGUAACUAAACUCCUUUUCUUGUCCAAAGGACGAGAAGCCGUCAGUCAUGUAAAGAUGGUGUAAAACACAAAGCUCAUAGACUGAGAUUGAAGCUGAGUUUUAAUAAUCUCUGACUAAACUUCGGGAGAUUAAAAAUCAUUUUAUGCCUCACAUGGCCGUACAUGUCUGAUACUCCUUGUAAAUAUAGUUCUGCCUUCUUGAAAAGUACAAAUGUGCAGCAACAGUCUGCUUUCUAAGCAAGAAAAGUGUGUGUCCUAACUGUUGGCUUAGUUUCUUCAGCUAAAAUAAGGUUCGCAGCGGGGUCAGCAGAACAUAAAAAGGAGGUAAAUGUUGAAUAGAAAUUUAGAUUUACCAUCUUCAUGAAGUAUCUGAAAAGAUUCUGCUGUGAACCUUGAUUACUCACGGUUCUCGAGUAAAAAAAUAAAAAGCAGACAUUGGAUUUAAUAGUGGUUUGUUUCUAAAGGAGUCACAAGUUUCCUUUUUGGCCUUAAUGUGUUUCUGUAGAUGGUUUCAGUGAAUUAGUUUCAUGUGCUGAAUCACUGAACUGGACAUUAAACUGGUAGUUCCAACUUUUCUUAUGUCAUUCGUGGUGUGCAGCUGUUCUUACCUCCUGCUGCUGGAAGGUGAAAGGGUGAGUUAGAUGUGGUGGUAGCUGCGAGUCAUCCCCAACGAGAACUAAUCAGUGCACAACAGCUUUGCUUCAAGAAAAUGGCUUUUUUAACAUUUGUUCUUUUUUCCACUUGAACAGUAAGUUUCACUAUCGAGUGAGCAGGAACAGAAAGAGGACAGUUUGAUGCAAAUAAAGAAAAUUCAACAUUUGUUCCAUAAUUACUUUAACAAAUGAUUCACAAAAA